AUGUCUUACCAAGAGCAGCAGUGCAAGCAGCCCUGCCAGCCUCCUCCUGUGUGCCCACCCACAAAGUGCCCAGAGCCCUGUCCUCCUCCAAAGUGCCCAGAGCCGUGCCCACCCACAAAGUGCCCUGAGCCUUGUCCUCCUCCACAGUGCCCAGAGCCAUGCCAGCAGAAAUGCCCUCCUGUGCAACCUCCUUCACCCUGCCAACAGAAGAGCCCACCCAAGAGCAAGUGA